UCUGUCAAGAAAUUCCACGACGAGAUUUUUGUUCAGCUGAAAAAAGGCCAAUAAACUUACGAAAUUGAAUUUAUAUUGAAAAAUAUAAAAUUUAUCGUGGGGCGGUAAUCGCCGCGUGACACAUUUUGCAUUAUUUGGGUGGAUGUAAUUUUCGUAGAGUUAAUUUUGGUUGAAGGUUUGGAAACGGCAACUCACCAUGCCGCCGAAGAAAGCACCUGCGUCUGCGAGCAAGAAGACGGAGCAGAAGAAGAAGGAGAAAGUCAUAGAGGACAAGACCUUCGGUCUGAAGAACAAGAAAGGCGCAAAACAGCAGAAGUUCAUUCAGCAAGUGGAGAAACAGGUGAAGAGUGGCGGCAUCCACCCCGCCAAGCCCAUGGAAGACAAGAAGAAGGAAAAAGAACAGAAACUUAAGGAACAGAAGGAAAUGGCAGCACUUUUCAAGCCUGUGCAGACGCAGAAAGUGGAGAAAGGUACUGAUCCGAAAUCGGUGGUGUGCGCAUUCUUCAAGCAAGGACAGUGCUUUAAAGGCGAUAGGUGCAAGUUCUCUCAUGACUUGACAAUUGAAAGAAAGGCUGAGAAGCGUUCACUGUACGUGGACAUGCGAGAUGAUGACGACAACAUGGACAACUGGGACGAGGACAAACUCAAGGAAGUGGUCGAGAAGAAACACGCUGAGGACAAGCAGAGGCCCACAACCGAUAUUAUCUGCAAACAUUUCUUAGAAGCCGUAGAGAAAUCCAAAUACGGUUGGUUCUGGGAAUGCCCGUCAGGCGGCAAGUGUAUAUACAGGCACGCGUUGCCACCAGGCUUCGUCCUCAAGCGCGACAAGAAGAAAAUGGAAGAAAAAAAAAAUGAGAUAUCUCUGGUCGACCUGAUAGAGAGAGAGCGCGCGGCGCUUGGCCCCAACCAAACUAAGAUCACGUUGGAAACCUUCCUCGCGUGGAAGAAAAAAAAGAUCAAGGAGAAACAGGAAGCGAUGGCCAAAGACGAGGAGCAGAAACGGAACGACUUCCGCGCCGGCCGAGCCGUUGGCCUGUCAGGCCGCGAGAUGUUUUCGUUCGACCCCGCGUUGGCCGCUGCCGCCGACGCCGACGAGGACGGCGAGACUGUGGCACAAAUGGCCUACGACGACGACGACGACGCCGCGCAGUAUAGGGACAUCGAACUCGAGCUCAUCGGCAUGGAGGCCUCAGAGGCGGACGACACGGGCACAAAAGCGUCUGAAGACCGACUUACGCAGCUCGGCAAGGGGCUACCGAACGGCGACCACGCGCCCGCGGCCUCAGAGGCCGCAGAGACCGCGGAGGCCUCAGAGGCCGCCGUGCCCAUCAACGAGAACCUGUUCCUCGACGAGGACCUGGAUGAGGAGCUGCAGAACCUGGAUCUUGAGGACUAGUGGUCGAAGUACAUUCGGAGCCGAGUCGAUGAGCCCUGCAUCAUCAUUAUCACCCACUUACAGUGCACCCUUACGCCCGUUUCACAAACUAUGCUUGCUUAUGUGAAGCAGCAAAUCGAACGCACAGCGUUGAGAGCUCUGUGAUUGGUUCUUGUGUCACCCUGUGCGUCCACGCGCACUGGGGGACCUCAUGGUAAUGUUUUUGAAUACGGGCGUUAGAUUUAAACAAAAAGGGAAGCGACGGCAUAAACGUCUGUCCUAGAACAUCAGUUUUGACAGCUCCCAAUCGGUCUGACCUUCACGCAAUACGCGCGCGAAGCCGUCAUGUGUUUUUAAAGGUGUACGAAAAAUUUAUGAACUUAAAAAAGUCCACGACAUCAGUUUUCAUUUAUAAAAUGCAAUGAAACAUAAAAUUUCCACUCGGUGACUCUGUCAUUCGCCAUGUUGUCAGGAAAUUGUUUUUUCUAAGCAACAUAAGCACAAUAUCAAUAUGCCAUGUCUUCCCUUUUUUGUUUUUAGCACUUUUUAUGUAGGGCUCAUUCGAUAAUCGAUUUUAAUUUAAUUUAAGGGGCGACUGUGAAAUUUGGGGAGAUAAUAUUUCACCCAUAUUU